AUGGGAGACUGGAGCUUCUUGGGUAAUAUUUUAGAGGAAGUAAACGAACACUCCACUGUGAUUGGCCGUGUUUGGCUCACAGUGCUGUUUAUUUUCCGCAUUUUAAUUCUGGGCACUGCUGCAGAGUUUGUCUGGGGAGAUGAGCAGUCUGAUUAUGUGUGUAACACACAACAGCCAGGCUGUGAGAAUGUUUGUUAUGAUGAGGCCUUUCCAAUCUCCCACAUCCGUCUCUGGGUGUUACAGAUCAUUUUUGUAUCCACACCUUCACUUGUGUAUGUUGGUCACGCUGUCCAUUACCUCCACAUGGAGGAGAAACAUAAGGAGCAUGAAGAAGCUGAGAUUAGCCACCAACAGGAAAUGGCAGAGGAGUGUCUCCCUCUAGCAACUGAUCAGGGAAGUGUUCGCACAACCAAGGAGACCAGCACGAAAGGUAACAAAAAGUUCAGACUUGAGGGCACCCUGCUUUGCACCUACAUUUGCCAUAUAAUUUUCAAAGCUCUGUUUGAAGUAGGCUUUGUGGUUGGACAAUACUUUCUGUAUGGGUUCAGCAUCCAGCCACUGUACAAGUGCAGUCGCUGGCCAUGCCCCAACACAGUGGACUGCUACGUCUCCCGACCUACCGAAAAGACCAUCUUUAUCAUCUUCAUGCUUGCUGUUGCUUGCGUCUCACUGUUGCUCAACUUCGUGGAGAUUAGCCACCUUGGCUUGAAGAAGAUCCGCUUUGCAUUCCAUCGGACAGCUCCAGCACAGUUGGAACGUCUUGGUCCACCUGAGAGGAGCCUACCAUUUCUCCUAACUACCCCUGUCCAAAAAGCCAAAGGAUAUAGGCAUCUUGAAGAGGAGGAAAAUGAUGAGGUUGCACACAUAUAUCCACUAGCUGAGGAUCGUAUGGAAGAGGGACAAUUUUUACAACCUCAACUGGAGAAGGAACUGAAAAGCAAUCAGGAGGAAGUUAUUCAAACAGCACCCCCUGUAGAGGAGAGAGUCAUAUGCAAUGAGACUCAGCCCAUCUUUAUUCAGGUCACAGAGACUGUCCCAAUGCUACUGCAAGAGAAAGCGGAGCCACGUCGGGAGGGAGAUGAGGUAGACAAUUUAAAGGCUUUGACAGCAUUGCAAGGAGUCUUGGAGGAACAAUCAGAAGGCAAGAGUGUGGAAGAAACAUGUUUAAUAUCACUUGAAGGGUGUUUGGAAAUAGAACAAGAGGAAAUAGUCACUAGAGAGGAGACUGAGGAGAAGUUGGUGAAAGAUAGUAGCUUAGUUAACACAGAGGGUGAGUUAAGACAGGAGGAAUUAUUUUCAAAUGGUAGAAAAGGGCAACAAACAUUACAGGAAAUUGGUGAAACAGAGGACAACACCUUUAAGGUCAAGUGGUUGAGGGAAGAGCAGGGUUUACCAGAAGCUGUGGCAGAAGGGCCAGAUGUUGAGGAAUCUUAUAGUGAGAGAGAACUAUGUGAGAUAGUGCCUUUUAUAAAAGAGGAUGUUCUAAAGGAGUUAAAAUCUUUAGAGUAUGGGGAUGUUACUGAGGAUCUGGACAAGUCCAAAAUAGUUGAGGUUGCACAAGAGCCAGAGGAUUUAGGGAGCAUUGCAGGAAGAUAA